AUGCCAGCCACCAAGCGUCGAUCAGGCGCAAUAUCACGCGAUGGCCCCAACCCAGCACACGAACCCGAAUCCGAAUCCGAAAACGACAUCCCACGCACCCAACCCACCCGUCGGCGAAGACGGUCCUCGUCAUCCUCAUCCGCCGACGCAUCGUCAGCCUCCUCCGCGCCAUCUGAGCCGUCCACGAGCCACGUGCAAAUAAACACCCUGAUCAAGAAACUAGUCCGGCUCGCCCUGUCCACAGAGUACUCACGCACGCCUCUGCGCCGAACCGACAUCACCGCGAAAGUCUUCAAAGAGAGCAACGCCGGAGGCCGCGGCUUCAAAGCGGUCUUCGACGGCGCGCAACAAACCCUCAAAGACACAUUCGGCAUGCAACUCGUGGAGCUGCCGUCGCGCGAGAAAACGACGAUCAAAGACCGCCGCAACCAAGCGGCGCAGACGAAAUCGAGUGCCUCGUCGACGUCUUCGAAAGCCUGGAUCCUAGUGUCCGUGCUGCCGGCCGAGCUGAAGACGAAUCCGGACAUUGUGCAACCGGCACGAGCCCCCAGCGUCGAGACCGAGGCGUCGUACACGGCGCUGUACACGUUCAUCCUGUCGCUGAUCUACCUCAACAACAAUUCUCUCACGGAGCAGAAGCUGGAGCGGUACUUGAAGCGCGUCAAUGCAGACACGUUCACGCCGUGUGGCAGUCUGGAGAAGCUGCUGCAGCGCAUGAUCCGUGAAGGAUAUGUCGAGAAGCGCAGGGACACGAGCAGUGGUGAGGAGGUCGUCGAGUUCGCCCCGGGCCCUAGGGGGAAAGUCGAGGUCGGCGUUCGAGGCGUCGCGGGGCUGGUUAGGAGCGUUUAUGGCUAUGGCGCGGUGUCGUCGUCUAAGGGAAAAGGUCACCGCGACGGGGAAGAUGGAGAAGACGGAGGUGGAGGUGGCAGAGGCGUCGUCAAGACCGAAGAAGACGAGCUCAAUGCUCGGCUCUCGCGCAGCCUCGGCAUCAAACUCGCCGGUGAUAAGGCGAGGCAUGGUGACCAGGAAGCAGAAGCUGAGCCCAGUGAGGACGAGUUGGCGGCGGAGGAAGAAUCCACACGUACGCUCACUCAGGCCGGAGCGUCCAGGCAAAGGCUGCAGCGGAGUAUGAGGGCCGGGCGAUGA